ACGUCGACGCCAGGACUCGUCGCUCUCUUGCGUCCAGACGCUCGUGAAGCCGCAGUGCUGCUCAACGGCUACCGGAGAGACGCUUGACUGAAAAAUGCUCCCGUUAUCAAUCAAAGAUGACGAGUACAAGCCUGCCAAAUUCAACCUGGUCGUUAAGCUAUCGGGCUGGUUCAGAUCAAUUCUUGCCGAUAAAACGUCUCGGAAUCUGUUUUUCUUCCUGUGUUUGAACCUGUCCUUCGCCUUCGUGGAGCUGCUGUACGGCAUAUGGAGUAACAGUUUAGGUCUGAUAUCAGACUCCUUUCACAUGUUCUUCGACUGCACUGCUCUCCUGGCAGGCCUCGCAGCGUCAGUCAUCUCACGGUGGAGGUCCAAUGACUCCUUCUCCUACGGGUACGUCAGAGCAGAAGUACUCGCAGGCUUCGUGAACGGCCUUUUCCUCAUCUUUACCGCCUUCUUUAUCUUCUCAGAAGGAGUGGAGAGGGCGCUGGAACCCCCUGAUGUGCACCAUGAUCGUCUGCUGCCCGUGUCUAUAGCAGGACUGCUGGUCAAUCUUGUAGGAAUAUUUGUUUUCCAGCAUGGAGGACAUGGACAUUCACAUGGUGGUGAUGACCACGGCCACAGUCAUUCUCUGUUUAAUGGUAGUGCAGCACAUGGCCACAGUCAUGGAGGACACGGCCAUAGUCAUGGUGGACACGGCCACAGUCAUGAGUCCAAACACGGACACGAUCACGGCCACUCGCACGGAGAACACGGCCAUUCACAUGACGAUCAGCACUGCCACGAUGACCACAUGCACACACCCGGAAAAGGCUCCAGCAAGCAGAUUCUACAGGGAGUUUUCCUCCACAUCGUGGCAGACACGCUGGGCAGUGUCGGUGUCAUCAUAUCUGCCAUCCUCAUGCAGAAGUACGACCUGAUGAUCGCCGACCCCAUCUGCUCCAUGCUCAUCGCUCUGCUCAUAGGAGUGAGUGUGGUUCCUCUGCUCAGGGAAUCCAUAGGGAUCUUGAUGCAACGGACGCCUCCUUCUCUGGACCAUGCCCUUCCUGAAUGCUACCAAAGGGUCCAGCAGCUUCAGGGUGUCUAUAAUCUCCAAGAGCCUCAUUUCUGGACCCUUUGCACAGACGUGUAUAUCGGUACACUCAAACUCCUGGUGGCGCCUGAUGCAGACUCUAGGUGGAUCCUCAGCCAGACGCACAACAUCUUCACACAGGUCGGAGUCAGACAGCUGUAUGUUCAGAUUGAAGUGGCUGCAAUGUAGUAGUCCACCACUCUUCUUCUAAUCUCUGGGAGUCCCGGGACCAAAGGCCUUCUGUGCUGCUGUGGGGAAGUUCUCCACCUCAACCCUCUUUGGGUUUCUGUCGCUCCUCCUCUAUCUUGGAUCAAGAUGGAGCUGGUGCAGUCCAGCAGUCUGACUCCACUCUUGCCAGAAAACAUCAAACUGAAAACAACUGACCAGCCACAAAAAAAAAAAAAGGUUUCAGAGGGAAGCAAGAACUUACACCCUCUCGUCUCUUGAAGUUUCCUGUUGAUUUUUAUUUUUAUAAUCCAACCAAAUGGUUUCUUUUUCUUCUAAUUGUCGCCCUUUUCCAUCAUCAGAAUGGGGUUUUAAUUAUUGGCGCGAGUGUGGAGAUCAGUGGACAUUUGUAAAAACAGCCGUAUGUGAUUCAUUGACUCUUUUUUUGUAUAUCAUCGUCUGCUUUGUUUUGUUUUUCAGUUGUGAAGAGGUGCAGAAUUUGCCAUAAUGUAAACAUAAACAGAUUUGUCUGCAUUUCUUAAGUGCCUUUUUAAAAGAACGAUUAUGGACAAUCGCUUGGGUAGUGUUUGAUGGUCAACGUGAAUGCGAUGAAAACUGGAUCUUUGAGUUCUGUCUACAAUUAAAACAUUCCUUUGCAA